CCGUUCCGUCUUGUCCCGUCCGGUCCCGGAGCCCAGCCAUGCUGUCGCGGUGCUGGGCCGUGCUGGGCAGCCGGCCGCUGUGGAAGCCAGUCGUUCUCCUCAGCCCGGUGCCGCUGCCGAGGGGAGGCCGGCCGGUGCCUUUCUCCACAACGUGCGUGAGGUGCUCGAAGAACAGGCGGCUGAGGCAAAAAAGAAUCAUUUCGGAAAGGAAACUGACCCGCUACUUUGUGGAUCACCGGAGAGUGCAUGUGGUUGGAGGACGAGGAGGAGGAGGAGGACAUUCUUUUUAUAGUGAACCCAGAAAAAUAUUUGGAGGUCCUGAUGGUGGAAACGGGGGUGAUGGGGGUCAUGUCAUUUUGAAAGCUGACCAGCAAAUGAAAUCACUUUCUUCAGUCCUCCCCUUUUAUCAGGGUUUCCAUGGAGAGAGAGGAGGAAUUAAAAACUGUUAUGGAGCUAACGGUGCAUAUUUGUAUGUUAAAGUACCUGUAGGUACACUGGUUAAGGAGGAUGGGAAAGUUGUGGCUGACCUCACUCAACAUGGAGAAGAGUAUGUUGCAGCUUACGGAGGAGCUGGAGGGAAAGGUAAUCGCUUUUUUCUUUCCAAUGAAAACCGGUCUCCAACAACAUUUACUCCAGGAGAACCAGGGCAGGAAAGGAUCCUCCAUCUGGAACUAAAGACAGCAGCUCAUGCAGGACUGGUGGGCUUUCCCAAUGCUGGUAAAUCAUCACUCUUGAGAGCAAUCUCCCGUGCCAGGCCAGCAGUGGCUGCCUACCCCUUCACAACCCUCAACCCUCACGUUGGCGUUGUCCACUAUCACGACUAUGAGCAAGUAGCAGUUGCUGACAUCCCUGGCCUAAUAAAAGGUGCUCAUCAAAACAGGGGUCUCGGGAUGGCCUUCCUAAGGCAUAUUGAACGCUGCCGCUUUCUCUUGUAUGUAGUGGAUCUCUCUGUGUCUCAGCCAUGGAUUCAGCUGGAAGACUUAAAAUAUGAACUGGAACAGUAUCGAAAAGGAUUGUCUGAGAGGCCUUGUGUUGUCAUUGGGAAUAAGAUUGACCUUGCUCAGUCCAGGAUCAAUCUGCCACUCCUUAAAGAACACGUAGCUGACCGGGUCAUUGCGUUGUCUGCAUUGACAGGAGACAACCUAGAGGAACUGUUGUUUUGUUUGAGAGAACUGUAUGAUGCUUAUGUGAAGACAGAACAGUCACGAGGGGAAAGCCCAGUCAAGUGGUAGGAACCAGAACUGAGAACUGUACUGGAAGGAGGAAAAACCCCAUAAUUCGAUUAGAUUGCAUCUGUGUGGUUUGGGUUUUUUAAGUGCAAGGACCCAGCAUCUGGAGUUGUUCUGGGCUGUUGCAUUGCAAAAAUGUUUGUUCCUCUUUGAGAUGUCUCAGGUGUUUUACAACAAAAUUUGACAACUGUAAUCAUGUUGGGUGUUGAAUUGGAAAUGUGGAUCUCAUUUGGCAUUGGAUGGUUAAUUAUGGAAUGAAGAGAGUACUGUCUAGUAGAAACGACUGAAGCUCAGGAUCUGCAGGAGCUGCUGCCUUGCUUUCUGGAUCAGAGUGAAGUGGUUCCUCCUUUUCACUAAUCAAAAAGUCUGAAAUAAAAAUCAGGUGGUCCCAUAACCACUUUCAAUCGUCUUCUCUUAAA